CGUAACCGGGAACGGGAACGGGAACCGUUAAACGUUAAACGCACCCGUACUGCCACCAUGGCGGCGCUGUCCCGGCUCGCCGUGCCGUUCGUGUAUGCGCUGAUUGCCGUCCUGGGGUACCCGUCGCAGCUGCUGCUGAUGCACCUGGAGCCAGGGCCUCUGACGCAGCGCGAACUGGUCGUGUUCAAUAUCGCAUUAUUACUGGUGUUUAUCACAUACACACGCACGGUGUUUGUGGAUCCAGGGAGAGUGCCGCGGGGGUGGGAGAAAGAGAUAUCGAGUGAGAAGAGCGGGGAGAGCGGGAAGGCGGAGACGGAAGCACACGGGGACGUCCACGGGGAGCCCGACGGCCUGAAGAGCAGGAAAUGGUGCCGCAAAUGCGAUGCCGCGAAGCCGCCGCGCGCACACCACUGCAAGGAGUGCAAACGCUGCGUGCCCAGAAUGGACCACCACUGCCCCUGGACCGCAAACUGCGUCUCGCACACCACCCUCCCGCACUUCCUCCGCUUCCUCAGCACCACAACCACCACCCUCAUCCUGCUCCUCUCCCACCUCUUCCCGCGCCUCUCCCACCUCUGGUCCUCGCGCGACCUCCCCGCAACCCUCGGCCCCUCGCUCCCGCUAUUCACCCACCUGCUCCUGACCUCGCUCGCCACAGCCUUCACGACCUUCCUGCUGACCCUCCUCCUCCUGCGCAACCUCUACGCCCUCGCGCUCAACACCACCACCAUCGAGUCCUGGGAGAUCGCGCGGCACGACACGCUGCUCCGGCGCGCGCGACACUUCGGGGGCUACCUGGCCACGCCCGACGGCACGCGCGUGCGCAUCCGGCGCCAGGAGUUUCCGUACGACGUUGGGUUUUUCGCGAAUGUGGCGCAGGGCAUGGGGUCGUGGAAUCCGCUGAGCUGGGUCAAUGUGCUGGCGCGCACGCCGCGGGUGGGGACGGGGGUGGGGGAAGGGUUGAGGUGGGAGGUCAAUGGGUUCAGCGAGGGGGCGUGGCCGCCGGUGGAUCCGGAUCGCGUGUAUCGGCGGCGGGCGCGGGAGGAGGGGCCGGCGUUUACGUUUCAGAGCGGGGAGGGCGAGGGGGCUGGGGGGGACGAGGAUGUGGUUGCGGCGUUCAAGGCGAGGCAGGCGCUGGACGCGGUGAGGCGGCGGAAGCCGUUUGUGCAGCGCUUGGAGGCGGUGAGGGAUGGUGGGCGUCGGGAUGGGUAUGGCUACGGGAGCAACGACUAUGGGAGCAACGGCCACGCGGACAGCUCUUACGGAGACAACGGCUACGCGGACAGCUCUUACGCGGACAACGGCUACGGCGACAGCUCUCACGGGAACAACUACGACAACGAUGGCUACGCAGACACCGCCUCCCCCGCCUCCUCCCGCGCCCCGACCCCAGAAGCAGACGUCUCGGCCGGCGAAGAAGCCUGGCGCAACCCCGAAGGCGAGCGCCUGCAGGACUUUGGCGUCGACGAGGACAUUGAGUUCUACGACGACCAGGGGGAUGAGCGGGGCGACGAGCGGGGCGAUGACCGGGACUACGGCCAGGGUGACAGAGAAGAAGAAGAAAACGACGAUGAUGCAGAAGAUGGAGAUAACGACGACGACGUCCCCCUCAGCGUCCUCCUCGCGCGCCGACGGCACGCAGCAGCGGUAGCAACCGCGGCGACGGUGGCAGCGACGGGGUCGAGUAUCGGGGGGUGGAGUGCGGCGGGGAGUACGUAUUAGCGUGUUCACGGGGUCGCAUCGCAUGUAGAAUGGCAUAUAGAAGGAC